CGGCUCGCGGACUGUCUUGUGCCCCGCGCGACACCCGCCCGCCGCGCUCCCCGCGGCGGCCACGGCCGCGGCGCUGCCCCGCUGGUGCCUCUCGUGCGCCGCUCCUGGCGAAGGUUUGGGAAGUAAGCAGGUGCCCGCCCCACGCUUUUUUGCCAUGCGCGCGAGCCGGCAUUCUGGACGUCGGCUUGCAAAGGCGGAAGCGGGCAACGCAGGGCUUCGGGGCCCCUCUGGGGCCCAACCCGGCGCGUUCUUCCAAAACGCCGACCGCGACAUCCCCAGUGUGAUUCCAAAUGGUCUAAAUUUCGGCCCUCUUUGAAACGCCCCAUAGGUGUGCCCUCUUUGACACGUGCCCGUGCGGCCUUUUCAGGCCCAACGGGAGAAUGCAGAAACCUUACCACGUCGCGAGCGGGCGUGCCACAAGGCAACCCGAGCCUGGCCAAGGACGACCCCCAGGACGGCACAGGGCGGGCCCAGGGCAGCUCCCAGGCCGGCCGGGAACACCCCGAGGUGGCCCCGAGUGGACGCGGCAUCGGAGCCGGGAGCCCCGUCGGCCGCUGGCCGGCUGGCCCGGCGGAGGGUGGCGAGAAGGGCAGGUGCAGAAGAGGAGGAGGAGGAGGAGGAGGAGAAGGGGGGCGCGCGCCCGCGUCAGCCGCCGAGCCUCUGGCCCUGGCCCCGGAACGCCUCGAAGCCGCGGCCUCGCAUUGGGGGCGCCGCGCGCGAGGGGCGGCCCACUCGGCUCGCUCGGGGAGGGAGGCGGCAGCGGCGUCUGGCAGGCCUCGGCGGCGCGCACGGAGGGGUGGUGCGAGGGAGGGGGAUUGCCAGCCUGGAACAAAU